UCAAGCUAUUCAAUGUCAGCAUUCUAGAAUCUUUUUACCGAUCUACUAACAGAUUGCCGUGAUUAAUAAAAAACUCCUUCGGUGAGACAUUCAGACUCAUAGAAGAAUCAAUACAAUGAACUUUUUACAUGAAACUUGGCUCAUACAUAGUCCUAGUAGUGUUCAGGAAGUUUCAAAAUGUUCAGGAACAGCUAUUGUUUCUUUCAUGAGAUACAGGAUGUUGAAAUUUUUAGCAAAAUUUAGCUGGUUUUUGAAUUUUGAAUAUCUCAACAAAAAAGCAUUCAUUCUAAGUGAAAAUUUCGGAGCAUAUUAAGUAUUAUAAAGACUAUCUAAAGGCAAAGUUUCAGAUUGAAAUUCCUAUUUUUUCGAAUUUUUACAGGGAUUGAUAUUCCUGCUAAAGGAGGUUGCAUAGAUCCAGAAUAAAAAGAAGCUAGUUGUUUUUAACUAUAGUGCGCGCAUAUUGAAGGUCCAUAAUCUCUGUUUUUCUAACUAAAUUCUCAUUUUUUUUUAAGCGGAAGCCACUUUGGCUCUUAAGGGUUAAUUAUCUAAAAAAUAAGUUUCAAAACAGAUGGAAUAUCAUUUUCCUAAAUAGAUAAACUGAAUUUUUUUAAUCAUUCGUAGCAAAUAGAAAUUGUUGUGAACAAUAUAUUUUUUUAAAUUUAGCCAUAGUACUUAUACAUUGUAACAAUGAUUGUCAAUUCUAUGAAAAUAGAUUUUCUAUGAUCUAUUCAUGUAAAACAAAAAAAUAAAGAAGAAUAUGAAAGAAAAGAAAAUAAUUUUAAAAAUAAAAUUAGUCUAAUCAAGCAAAUAAUAGACAAAUCAGUUUGUCAAUAAACACAUCUUCAUCGUUUAUACAUGGUCAAUAAAAAUCAAAAUGACAUCAGUUGAUAAUGUAAAACAAUAAUGUUAAACAUAACGUUCAAUGAUGAUUUUCGAAAAAUAUUUGAUAAAAUAAUUUUCUAAAUCAAAUACUAUGAAAGAUAAUAAUUAUUAUUAUCUCGUUUCUACAAUACGAGUUUCAAGUAGAUAGAUUUUUAUAAUGCUUUCUUUGUUUUUUUUAUAUUUGACUAAUAUAAUAAAAGAAAAAAUAUUCAAUAAAAUGUUUUCUAAAAACAAAUCUAUUUAAGUUACUAUCUCAUGGAAUAAAUAAAGAAAGAUAUUUUUUAUCAACAAUAAAUUAUUUAUUCAACAUUUUAUAUAAUUUAAUUGAUAAAGAAUACCAAAAAAUUAUAUAUUAAAUUCAGCGAUUUCUUUUUUUUUAAAAAUCUAUUAGUUAAAAUAAAAAUAAAAUUCUUCAAUAUUAUUUUACAUUUUUCAUAGAUCUUUUUAAUUAAUUAAUAGUUAAUAAAAGUAACAUUUAUUUAAUUGAUAAUAAUAUAGUUAUAUCAGUUUUUUAUAUCUUCUUCUAUUUAUUUUCAAAUAAAUGUGUUAAUCGACAUCAGAGGAGGGAGAUAAAUGCAAAAAUCAAAGAUAGUUUCAGUCAAUAUUUUUCGGAAUAACAAGGGAAGAAUUAAUUCUUUGAUCGAUUAAAUAAAUUUCUUUUUUUAUUAUAGUUUAAUAGAAGCAGUACUCCCAGGUGAUAAUUUAAGUUUAUCAGCAAUCCGUACAAUUCGAGUACUUCGUCCAUUACGUGCGAUAAACCGUGUCCCAUCAAUGCGUAUACUUGUCAUGUUAUUAUUGGAUACAUUACCAAUGCUUGGGAAUGUGUUACUUCUUUGUUUUUUUGUCUUCUUUAUAUUUGGUGUUGUUGGUGUACAAUUAUGGAAAGGUUUAUUACGUAAUCGUUGUUUUCUACAAUUAAAUAUAACAACAAUACCUAAUCAAGCUUUAUUUGGGGAUUUUCAUUUACGAGCUUUUUAUAUUCCACCUGAUCAAGAUUCAUUUGUUUGUUCUCAUCCUCAAUCGAGUGGAAUGACAAAAUGUUCAGAUAUUCCUAAAUUACGAAAAGGAAAUCUAACAUGUGAACUUGAUUUUCAUACAUAUAAUGAACAAUCAUCAAAAUAUCCAGGUAAACCAAUCAAUGGUUGUGUUAAUUGGAAUCAAUAUUAUAAAUUUUGUAAUGUAUCCGAUAAAAAUCCAUAUUCAGGUUCAAUUAGUUUUGAUAAUAUUGGUUUAGCAUGGGUCGUUAUCUUUCAAAUAAUAAGUCUUGAAAAUUGGGUUAAUAUAAUGUAUUAUAUUCAAGAUGCACAUUCAUUUUGGGAUUGGAUUUAUUUUGUUUGUCUUAUUGUAAUUGGAUCAUUUUUUAUGAUUAAUUUAUGUCUUGUUGUUAUUGCAACACAAUUUAGGGAAACAAAAAAACGUGAAACAGAAAGAAUGUUAAAUGAACGAAGACGUUUUUCACGUUCAUCUAGUACAUUAUUAAGUGAUGAACCUGGUUCUUGUUGGGAAGAAACAAUUAAAUAUAUGGAAUGUUUGUACAAACAUGCACACAAAAAAAUUAAUAUUUUAUGGAAAAAUUAUAAACUAAAUCAUGCAAAUGUUAACAAAAAGCGUUUAAUUGAUAAAAGAAAAUGUCGUCGAAAAGAACUUGUAAAUAAUAAAUCUAAAACAAUUGAAAUUCAUGUAAAUCGAGAUUCAAAAUCAAAUUUAUAUUCAUCAUCAAAUAUAGAAAUAAUUCAUCAAUCAAAUUGUCGAUAUAAUCAAAUAGGUGAUAGUUUAUCAAAUCGAACAGGUGCAUCAAUAUCACCAUCAAUAGGUGAUGCACCAGCUGCUAGUCCUGAACAAUCAUAUAUAUUAGAUUCAAUACAUACAACAAAUGGUCAUCUUGAUAAUAUUGAUAUUAUUCAACAUUCAUCACCAUUUUAUUGUGAUCAAGAUAAUAGUUCAAUUCCAUCUAUUUUAUUAAAUAAUAUAUCAAUUAAUAAACAACCAAUAAAAUCAAAUUAUUUAGAUUUAGAAAAUACAGAUAAAUAUCUUGAAGAAAAUCCAUGUGAUUGCUAUCGUCAAUAUAUUGAAAAUGAAAAAUUAAAUAUUAAUAACGAAGAAGAAGAAGAAGAAGAAGAUGAUGAUGAUGAUGAUGAUGAUGAUAAUAAAAUAAAGAGAAAAUCAAAAAUUUCAAUAUAUAUGAAUAAAUAUAUAUGGUCUUAUUUGAAUAGACUUCACAAAUCUAUAUCAAAUUUUGUUGCAGGAAAAUAUUUUCGUCGUAUUGUAUUAUCAGCUAUUGUUGUAAAUACAUUAUCAAUGGGUAUUGAACAUCAUGGACAACCUCAAUCAUUAACAAAUGCAUUAGAAUAUAGUAAUUUAGUAUUUACAUCAUUAUUUGCUAUUGAAAUGAUUUUAAAAAUAAUUGCUGAUGGAUGUCUUCAAUAUAUUAAAAAUGCUUAUAAUUUAUUUGAUAGUGUUAUUGUUAUUAUGAGUCUUAUUGAAUUACAAGGAAAUAAAAAUAGUGGUUUAUCAGUUUUACGUACAUUUAGAUUAUUACGUGUACUUAAACUUGUUAGAUUUAUGCCAACACUUAGACGACAAUUGGUUGUCAUGCUUAAAACAAUGGAUAAUGUGGCAACAUUUUUCUCUUUAUUACUUUUAUUUAUAUUCAUAUUCAGUAUUCUUGGCAUGCAUUUAUUUGGUGGUGAAUUUUGUUCAAUAAAAGCAUUUAAUAUAACAUCACAUAAAGAAAUUCAUCUUAAAUGUACAUGUUGUACAUGUUAUCAAAAUGAUAUUUUCAAAAAUGAUACUCAUCUCAAAGAUUUUCAUUGUUUACAACAGAGAAAAAAUUUUGAUUCAUUAACUUCUGCAUUGUUAACCGUUUUUCAGGUUUUAACUCAAGAAGAUUGGAAUGAAGUACUUUACAAUGGUAUAGAACAUACAAGUGCAUGGGCAGCUUUAUAUUUUAUUGCAUUAAGGACAUUUGGAAAUUAUGUUUUAUUUAAUUUACUUGUUGCUAUUCUUGUUGAAGAAUUUUCGACAGAAAAAAUGGGUAGUAAUUCUGAUACUGGAAGUAAUUCAAAUCGAUAUGGAAAAGUUGAUCCAUUUAAAAGUCAAGCACUUUUUACUGGUGAUAUUGAUACAAAUGUUAAUUCACAUGAAUUAAUUAAUGAUGAAAUAGAAAGUCAUAAGCAAACAAGUCAAGAUAAUAAGAAUAUUCGAACUAAAGAAGUUAAAAUAAUGAGUAUACCAAAAAUUGUUAUAAGUAAUGAAAAUGAUUCAAGUUUACGUGUUGUUGAAAAUCAAUUAAAAAAAUGUUCAAAUUCAAAUUCAAAUACAUCAUCACCAUAUAAAUCAAUAAUUAAAAAACGUUCAUCACAACCACAAUCAUUAUCAUCAUCAACAACACAAAGUUUUCAUACAUGUAUUGAAUCAAUAGAUAAACAAUCAUCAAAAAUUUCAUUACCUUUACAUAGAAGUUAUACACAAUCAACACUUAAAAAUAAUUUAUUUAAUAGUUUACAAAAAAAUAAUUCAUUUACAACUAUUUAUAAUUCUAAUUAUCGAUAUUAUAAAAAAAUUAAUUUAUCAAAUCCAUUACGAAGAAUUAAUUCAUAUCAACCAUCAUUAACAAGACGUUUUAUUAUUAAAGAUGGAAAAUUAAUUGAACAAGAUAAAUCUAAUAUUGAUAAAAUAAAAAAACGUCGAUUAACAUUUGAUAAUUUAAAUAGUUGUUUAAAUCAAUUUGAAACAACAAGUAUUUAUGAAACACCUAAACAUGAUUUUUAUCAAUAUUCAGAUAAAACAUUUCGAUUAGUUAAUGAUUAUGAUUCAAAUAUAUUAACUACAAUUAAUAAUCAAUCUGAUAUGCGAAUUGAUAUUAAUAGUACUAAUAAUGAUCAAAUUUUAUUUCAACCUGAACGAGUAUGUUUAAAUUGUUUAUGUGGAGAACGAUUAUAUAAACAUUUUGAAAAACGAGAAAAUUAUUCACUUUAUAUAUUUUCACCAGAAAAUCGAAUUCGUAAAGCAUUACAAGCUUUAAUAUUAAAAAAAUCAUUUGAUUAUUUAAUAUUAUUUAUAAUAGCUCUUAAUUGUAUAACACUAGCUAUGGAACGUCCAUCAAUUCCACCAACAAGUCCUGAACGACAAUUUUUAAAUUUAACAAAUAUUAUAUUUACAGUAAUAUUUACAAUAGAAAUGUCAGCAAAAGUAAUAGCAAGUGGACUUAUAUGUGGAUCACAUGCUUAUUUACGUAGUGGAUGGAAUCUUAUGGAUGGUUCUCUUGUUAUAACAUCAAUUAUUGAUCUUGCUACAAUACAUCGUGGUCCAUUAACAUCAGCCAAUUUAGAAUCAGAUGCAACAACACGUUUAUUUAGCAUGUUAAGAGUUUUUCGUUUAUUAAGAACAUUACGACCAUUGAGAGUUAUUAGUCGAGCACCUGGUCUUAAACUUGUUGUACAAUCAUUACUUUCAUCAUUAAGACCUAUUGGUCAUAUCGUUGUUAUAUAUUGCACUUUUUUUAUUAUAUUUGGUAUACUUGGUGUACAGUUAUUCAAAGGAAAAUUUUAUUAUUGUGAAGGUCCAUUUGCUCGUGAUACAACAACGCGACAACAAUGUGAAUCAUUGUCUGAUCAUCGUUGGAAAAAUCAACAAUAUAAUUUUGAUAAUUUAGGUCAAGCAUUAUUAUCAUUAUUUGUGUUAUCAUCUCGAGAUGGCUGGGUAGAAAUAAUGUAUAAUGGUAUUGAUGCUGUUGAUAUUGAUAAGCAACCAAUAAGAAAUUAUAAUGAAGCUAAAUUAGUUUAUUUUAUAUCAUUUUUAUUACUUGUUAGUUUUUUUGUAAUAAAUAUGUUUGUUGGUGUUGUUGUUGAAAAUUUUCAUAAAUAUCGUGCUGAACAACAACGUGAAGAAAAAGCACGACGUACAGCUAAACGUGCAAAAAAAAUUGAACGUAAAAAACGUCGUAUGAGUGAAAUACCAUAUUAUGCACAUUUUUCACCAUGGAGAAGACAUUUACAUAAUAUUUGUAAUAGUAAAUAUUUUGAUUUAAUUAUUGCUGCUGUUAUUAGUCUUAAUGUUGUUACUAUGUCAUUAGAAUUUUAUUUAAUGCCACCGGCAUUUGAUAUGGCUCUUGAUUAUUGUAAUUAUGUAUUUACAACUGUUUUUAUUAUUGAAUCAAUAUCAAAAAUUAUUGCACUUGGACCAUUACGUUAUUUUAAAGACAAAUGGAAUCAACUUGAUAUAACAAUAGUUAUAUUAUCAAUAGCUGGAAUUCUUUUAGAAAAAAUGAAUAAUGGACAUAAACUUUCUAUUAAUCCAACUCUUAUAUGUAUUAUGAGAGUACUUAGAAUUGCACGAGUACUUAAAUUAUUAAAAAUGGCAAAAGGUAUUCGAGCAUUAUUAUUAGAUACAGUUAUUCAAGCUUUACCACAAGUUGGAAAUUUGGGUCUUUUAUUUUUUCUUCUUUUCUUCAUAUUUGCUGCACUUGGUGUUGAAUUAUUUGGAAAAUUAGAAUGUAGUGAAGAACGUCUAUGUACUGGACUUGAUAAACAUGCACAUUUUAAAGAUUUUGGUAUGGCUUCUUUAACAUUAUUUCGUAUUGCAACUGGUGAUAAUUGGAAUGGAAUAAUGAAAGAUGCAUUACGUCAAGAUGAUUCUACACAUGGUGGAAAAAAUCAUUUAAUGACAGCAUUAGCACCAAUUUAUUUUGUUAUAUUUGUUCUUAUGGCACAAUUUGUUCCUGUUAAUGUUGUUGCUGCUGAAUCAAAUCGAAUGAUGUCUGAUGAUACAGAAAUAGAUGAAGAAAUUGAACGACAAUUAGAAGCUGAUGCACAUGAUAGAGAUUAUCUUGAACAACCAUUAAUUGAUGAAAAAGAACUUGAUUUUCUCAAUGAUAAUAAUGUAAAUUAUUUUCCAUUAACAAAACAAUUAUCUUUACCACCAAAUUUUACAUUUCAUUCAAUGAGUUCAAUAACGGAAUGUUCAGCAAAAGGUAAAUCAAUUGAAAAAGUAAAUAAUUCUUCAUUAUCAUCAUUAUUAAGUUCAACAUCUCGAAAAAUGAAUUUGAAGUUAGAUGAAAAAAUUAUUUCAAAUAAAAAUGAAGAAAAUUUAUCAUUAAUUAAUGAAAAAUUAAAUGAUAAUAAUUAUGAAGAAAGAAAAUUUCUUAGUCAUCAUCGUUCAAAUACAAUUCCUCGACAUAAUCGAAAAAAAAAUUCGUCAUAG